UAUGACAUUUGACCACCGAACACAGAUGGCCAUGAUUCUGAUGUUCUGUGAGUGUGUGAUUCGCUAACUUUUUUUUAUUGUUUUUUUGAAAAUUUUACGAAAAUGUCUAUUUAUUUCAGUGGGACAUUCAGACACUCUGUAGGAGGUGUUGUAAGUGCAAUUACUAAACAAUUAAAAUUAGUAAAUUUGAAGCCAAUUAAAAAAAUCCAGGUACAGUUCGAUCCGUUUCACCCCAAUGCUGUAACUGCAAGGGACUUCUUGUUUCACAUAUCGAACCCUAAAGUUAUCCAAACAAACAUCAACUGUGCUAUCAGGACGAAUGUUGUAUGCGAUAGAAGUGAACCACAGAUAAAAAUAGAUCUAGCUGAAUCUGGGAGUGUAAAAUUUCUGCUAAAUAAUCUGACAGUGUUAGAAAUUUUGCAACAAAUCAACAAACAUAUUAGUUCAAAAGUGAAGGAAGAGCCACCUAGCCCAACUACAGCAAAAAUUACAACUAAACAGAAAGCCAAAGGAAGACGUUAACAAUGCCUAAGAAGAAAGAUAAUUUUCAUUUGAAGUUAAUAGAACAUGUUUAUGAUCAAAUUCCAGCAUUCACAGAUAUUUUCACAGAGGAAUCGUUCUAUAUUUUUGCUGCUUCAGUUGUGAUAAGUACUAUUAUUGUUGUUUUUAUUAUAUCAAGAUUUGUUACCAUCAAACCUGUAGAACUUUAGGUAAAUAUAUUACUAUUUGAAUUGUUUAACACAACAUCCAUGUAAUUUUUGUUCUCAUGUUAUAAAAGCUUUUGAAAA